AUUUAAUGCGUCUCUCUCUCUCUCGCUCUUCCCGGACAAGAUGGCGGCUGCGGCUUUGUUUGUGCUGAGCGCCGUGUGAGGGGAGAGGGGGAGGAGCCUGAGCCGGAGGGAGUCUCACUUCUCUUCCUGCCCGGGAAUGGAAGGAGGUCGGUGAGAGGAAGGCCGGAGCGGAGUGCCGGGGCCGGGGAGCGACAUGACAGCAGAGCCCAAGAGUGAAAGCAAGUUAAACACGUUGGUGCAGAAACUUCACGAAUAUUUAGCUCACUCCUCGGAGGAGUCGGAGGACACCACUUCUCCCAGCAGACAAUCCACCGCCAAGAGUGCGCCAAAGUCUAAAUCCUCCCACAGAUCCCUCCCCAUGGAGACCAGCAUGGAAGAGGGAGGGUCCGCGGAGAAGGCCAGGCUCCUGGGAGCUUCUCGCUCAAAAAGGAAGCCCUCCUUUGUGACGAAGUAUGUGGAGUCUGACGAGGAUCCCAAAGAAGAGAUUGUCGCAGCGGACAAAAACUCUGAUCCUGAGGUGGAUAUGGAAAGCUUGCCUCUAGGUACUGUGGUGGUUCAGCCAGAGCCGGUCCUAAAUGAGGACAAAGAUGACUUCAAAGGACCAGAAUUUAGAAGUCGGUGUAAAGUUAAUAAACCUGACCUUUCAUUGUCCAAGAAACGUCCAGAGGACGGUCUCCAAGGAAUCGUUAGCUGCACAUCAUGCGGCCAGCAAGUCAAUCACUUUCACAAGGACUCGGUUUAUAGACACCCGGCUCUCCAGGUCCUCAUUUGUAAGACUUGCUUCAAAUAUUACAUGAGUGACGACAUCAACCGCGACGCCGAUGGGAUGGAUGAGCAGUGCAGGUGGUGUGCUGAAGGAGGGAAUCUCAUUUGCUGCGAUUUCUGCCACAAUGCCUUCUGCAAGACCUGCAUCCUCCGGAACCUCGGCCGGAAAGAGCUCUCCACUAUUAUGGAUGAAGAAAGCAAAUGGCGCUGUUAUAUUUGCCAGCCGGAGCCCUUGCUGGACUUGGUAUCUGGGUGUAACACCGUGAUUGACAACUUAGAGACACUCUUACAGAAAAAGAAAAUUAAGGGAGAGAAUGACAAGGGCAAGGUGUGUGACCAAAAUCAGAAAACCUCAAGCUGUAAUGGACAAGAAAAAGUUUCUAGUUCCUAUUCUGGUGCAAUUUCUUAUUCCUACAAAGCACUUAUGGUGCCUAAAGAAAUGCUAAAAAAAACAAAGCGGAUAGUGGAGACGACAACCAACUUAAAUAAAAGCUUCAUGAAAUUUCUGCAGCACGAAUCUGAAAAUGUGGUUAUUAACUCCAGCACUAAAGUAAGGCAGCUGAAGGCCUUUAAAUCCAUCUUGGGAGACUUGAAGAAGGCCCAUGAAGCUCUGGAGGAACGUUUGGCCUUCGAGCUCACCUCUGCUCAAAGGAAAAGCUCCUCAAAGAAAAGCAAAGAUGUGACCAGUGAGCCGAAACAUUCAAAAGAGAGAAAAUCGAGCGAACAGGACAGUGAACGCCAGAGAUCCUCAACGAAAGUGCGUGACGGGGAAAAGGUGACGAAUUGUGAAAGUGGAAAGCACAAAGCCUCUGAAGAGAGCCCAGAGAAAGACCAGAAUGGGAAGCCGAUUGAAGUUCUGGAUGAUGUGGAAGAUAUGGAAGGCGAUGAGGUGGAAGGUGAUGAGAUGGAAGACGAUGAGGUGCAGGAGGUGAAAGGUGAUGAUGUGGAAGGCGAUGAGGUGCAGGAGGUGGAAGGCGAUGAGGUGCCGGAGGUGGAAGCGUCCUCGAAGAAUGAUGCUACUAUGGAGGUGGAGGAUGUGGAGGAACUUGGGGAAAUGGACAAUACAACUGCUAGUAAAGAAAAGGAGGAGCAGGGAGAAGAACAAGAGCAGAAAGACUCGGACAUUAAUUCUGAUGUGGAGGAGCAGAGUCCUAAAUCGCAGCAAAGCAGAAAGAAAAAAGCCACUGAGAAAUCACGACGCGCUUCGAGUGAACGUAAGAGGAGAAACUCGGAGAAGACCAGUAAGGAGGCCGUGUCUGGUGCCGAGUCGCAGGAUGAAAACUCAGAGUCCUCACCAAAAGGCGCCAAGUCACGCUCUUCUCGGAAUACCAAAAAAGGCGGUUCAUUUGAGGCCAACGCUGAAGAAGCUCUGGACAUGGACAUAGUUUCUGUCCCCUCUUCUGUUCCUGAAGAUAUAUUUGACAGCUUGGAUUCCGCGAUGGAAGCCCAAAACGCUUUGAAUGAGUCAAAAAGUAGCAAAAAAGAUGAAAAGGAGCCCAAAACACCGGUUAAAAAGGAGUUGAUUCUGAAAUUGACUCCGUUGUCCUUCUCCAAGGGAUCGAAGCGCUCGGAGAGGACUCCAUCAAGGAAAGGCAGAGGGUCUGGAAGUGAUGAUGCCAGGAGCUCCGGCAAUGAGCAUUCAUCCGACAAUGAAGACCCCAAGCGACGCAAAUCUCCACGCGUUAAAACCACACCCAAGCGACGUCCAAACGAAGCACCUGCCUUGUCCAAUAUGGAGGAGGAAAGUAGUGCUGAUAAGGAGAAGGCUAAAACUGAACCCUCAAAGAGGAGGAAAGAGAAGACAACCUCCUCAGACGGAACUGCCACUUCCAGAGGUAGAAAAGCUAAAAAAUUUGAGGAGAAGACGCCAAAAAGCGGCUCUGAUUCUGAUGAAAUGCCAGAUGUCCUGAAAAAGGCAGCUUUGAUGAGCAACUCCUCCUCUGAACCCGAGAGCGGUGCUGAGUCCAAACCGGCCAAGGAGAAGGACCAGAAAGGUGGAGGGAAGAGAAAGCGGAAGAGUUCCAGUUCUGGCACCGAGGUGACCAAACGACAAACCAGAAACUCAACCGCUGCAAAGAAACAAGACCACUCUGACGACUCCAACUACGACUCCGACCUGGAGAAGAAGAUCGAGAAGUUAGGAAAUAUCGAGGAUGCCAAGAAAUCCACCAAGAAAGCCAAGAGUUACCAAGAAAGUGGCUCCUCCGCUGAAGAACGGGGCCGCAAAAAACACAAAAAAGGCAAGGCCACUAAGGAGCGCAGCAAGAGUAAGGAGCCCAGCAAGAGCAAGAAGGCAAAGAAACAAUCGGCCUCCUCUUCUGACUUGUCGGAGGAAAGCCACGAUAAUGCAAGCCAUAACUCGGAGGACGGCAGUGAGGACGAGCAGAAGAUGAAACCCUUGGUAGAAAAUGAAGUCCUAACCAAAGCAGGGUUCUGCCAGUCAUCAGGUGAUGAAGAAGGGACAAAAUCAGGUGCACACGCUGCCGAGGAUGAAGAAGAAGACGAUGAUGACGAGGAUCCUGAGAAUAGGAUCGCCAAGAAGAUGCUUCUGCAGGAAAUAAAAGCCGGGUUGUCGUCUGAUGAAGAAGUAUCUUCUGAUGAGCCGGAGGAGGGCAAGAAAGAGAAGAAGGUCAAAUCUCGCAAAGGCGGCAAAGAUGAUCAGGAUGACGAUCAGACAAAUGAGGAGAGUUCAGACUCCGAGAGCGACUCAGAAUCUGCAAAGAAGCCGCGAUACAGACACCGCCUGUUGCGUCACAAGCUGUCUGUGAGUGAAGGCGAGUCCGAUGAUGAAAAAGACGGCAAGAAAAAGAAGAAAGACAAAUCUGCCAAUUCCAAGGAUGGAAAACGGCGUAACCGAAGAAAAGUGACCAGCGAUGAGUCUGGAUCUGGCAGCGACGGCUCAGAUGUCAGCGAGGGAGACAGUGAAAGCGACUCUGAUGAUCAGCGACCCAGAACCAGGGCAGCGAGGAAGGAGGCCGAGGAAAAAGGGAGGAGCUACAAGCAGAAGAAGAAGAGGCGGCGGAUAAAGGUGCAGGACUCCUCCAGUGACUCCAAGGGGAAUUCGGAGGACGGAGACCAAGAUGACGACUCGGACUCCAAAUCUCCAGGAAAAGGUCGCAAGAAGAUCCGGAGAAUCCUAAAAGAUGACAAGCUGAGAUCUGAGACUCAGAAUGCCUUAAAGAUGGAAGAAGAGAGGAGGAAGAGAAUCGCAGAGCGAGAGCGACAGCGGGAGAAGCUGCGGGAGGUCAUCAUUCUGGAAGACGCUUCACCUGUAAAGUGUCCAAUCACCACCAAGCUGGUCCUGGACGAGGAUGAAGAGACCAAGGAACCCCUCGUUCAGGUGCACAAGAGCAUGGUGACCAAGCUGAAGCCUCACCAGGUAGACGGUGUUCAGUUCAUGUGGGAUUGCUGCUGUGAGUCCUUGAAGAAGUCGAAGAAGGAACGAGGCUCGGGGUGUAUCUUGGCUCAUUGUAUGGGUCUUGGGAAGACAUUGCAGGUGGUCUCUUUUCUUCACGCUCUCAUUCUGAAUGACAAGAUGGAUUUCAGCACGGCUCUGGUGGUCUGUCCAUUGAAUACCGUUCUCAAUUGGGUGAAUGAAUUCGACAAAUGGCAAGAAGGCCUCAAUGACGACGAGAAGCUGGAGGUUAUAGAACUGGCGACGGUGAAGCGCCCCCAGGAACGGGCGUAUAUGAUGCAGCGCUGGCAUGAGGACGGAGGCGUUCUGAUUAUCGGUUAUGAAAUGUACAGAAAUCUGACCCAAGGGCGGAAUGUGAAGAGUAAAAAGCUGAAGGAAAUGUACCAGAAGACUCUGGUGGACCCCGGUCCGGACUUUGUGGUGUGUGAUGAGGGCCACAUUCUGAAGAACGAGGCUUCCGCCAUCUCUAAGGCUAUGAAUUCCAUACGGACCAAGAGGAGGAUCAUCCUGACCGGGACCCCUCUGCAGAACAACCUGGUGGAGUAUCACUGCAUGGUGAACUUCAUCAAGGAGAAUUUACUCGGCUCCAUUAAGGAAUUCCGCAAUCGAUUUAUAAACCCCAUCCAGAACGGGCAGUGCGCCGACUCCACCAUGGUGGACGUGCGGGUGAUGAAGAAACGUGCCCACAUUCUCUAUGAGAUGUUGGCUGGAUGUGUGCAGAGAAGAGAUUACACGGCUCUGACGAAGUUCUUACCUCCGAAGUACGAGUACGUCCUGUCGGUGCGAUUGUCCCCCAUACAGUGUAAACUCUAUCGCUACUAUCUGGAUAAUAUCACAGGUUUGUAUACAAUGGAAGAUCCCCAUUUUGAUAGGAGCCGGCGCAGAGCAUUCUCAGAGUUAGAGGUGGAUGUGUAUCACCUGCCAGACUCUCUGGGAAUUCGGUUGGCUGCUAAAUAUUCAGAAGCUGGUGUUGGUACCGUCUCGGGGUCUGGGGUUGGUCCUGGAUUCCUCAGAGGCGAGAGUUUUCCUUCCCACGGAGAAAAUAUUCUGCCAGCAGCAGCAGAACGUUUCUCUUCACAUGAUUAUCAUGAGAUCGGGAUUGGUGGUAAUAAGAGACGGAGAUCGGGAUUGGUGGGGCUCACCAAUCGCCUCAACGUGGGAGCCGUACCCGGGGUUAAUUAUGGACAAAUCAAUUUCGGCUCGGCUCAGUCUCCUUACAUGCCCCUAAACCUGGGAGCGUUGUCUGCUCUGAACAAUCAGCAACUAGAAGAUCUCAUUAACCAAGGAAGAGAGAAGGUGGUGGAAGCUACAAACAGCAUUGCGUCUGCCAGGAUCCAACCUCUGGAGGACAUUAUUGCCGGAGUGCGGAAGGAGAAUCCCACGUUGACGGAAUCCCAGGCUCAGUCGCUGGCUCUAAGCAGGCAAUCCACCCAGGAGUUGGAGAUCAAGAGACGCGAGGCCGUUUACAACGAUGUUCUGGCCAAGCAGCAGAUGUUAAUCAGCUGCGUCCAGCGAAUAUUGAUGGGCCGACGGUUACAGCAGCAGUACAACCAGCAGCAACAGCAGCAGAUCGCUUUGCAGCAACAAGCGGCAUUGAGCCGGCUGAUCAUGCAGAAGUCUCCAAACAUGAUCCUUAACCCAUCUAACUAUCAGCAGAUCGACAUGCAAGGACUGUACCAAAAUCUCCAGGGCCACCACCUCCAGAGAGCCCCAGCCCCUAUCAGAGCGAAAUCUCCGGGAUCCUCCCAGGGGAAAAAAAACUGAGAUUGCACUAAGACCUUUCCAUGGACUCCUAAUGGAAGAACCUUCAUCUUCCUCCCCGUACUGUCUGUUUAUCCCAGAAGCACCAACAGAAGAAUGUUUGGUUUAUUCCCUUCAAAUGCCAAGCUGUCUCCUCUCCAAGCUUUGCCGUGUGAUUGUAUCAGAAGGGCCACAUGAACCUCUUCUCCCAGUUUGCAGAAGAAGCCCCACCCCACCACCAUUUCUCCACCCUGAGGAAGCCCCACCACCACUUCUCCACCCUGAGGGGAAGCCCCACCCCCACUUCUCCACCCUGAGGAAGCCCCACCACCAUUUCUCCACCCUGAGGAAGCCCCACCCCCACCACCAUUUCUCUACCCUGAGGAAGCUCCACCCUGAGGAAGCCCCACCAUUUCCCCACCCUGAGGAAGCCCCACCCCCACUUCUCCACCCUGAGGAAGCCCCACUCUAUCCUGAAGUCUAAACUCGUCCCUUACUGCCGCAGCAGAUCUUAUACAAGACCAAUCUGAUCUUUCAGUAGCCAAUUCACUGUAUAUUCAGCUCUGCAGAUCACAGCCCGGUGGGGGAGCUUCCAUGGGUGGGCAGCCUGAAUGUUCUUCUCUCUGCUUGUUCCAGGUUGGUGACUCGGAAAGCCAUUGUCAUGGCAGUCGGGCACCUGGAACUUUCAGAAAGAGAAGGCAAUAAGGGCAGAUCUAGGUCCAGCUGAAAUCUGCCAUCGGGUUCCCCUCCCCCACCAUAUCCGUAUGAAAGAAAACCCCGUAGGGAUAACUUGGUGAAAUGUACUUUGUACCAUAGAGUUCCAUCCUUCCGGAGAG